AUGACGAGAGACUUAAGAAGAAGAGUACUGGAAAGUCAUAAGACUGUAUCCAAGAAAGCAGCAUCGAGAGUCGGUUCGAAAAAUGCAUCGGCUGUAAAUUCUCGAACACAAUCAAGAAAUGUUAGUCGCCACGGCUCGGAUGAGGAAGAUGGUACUUUGAGUGAUGAUGAUAGUACAACAUGGAGUGUUAACUCCAUUGAUGAUAUGCUCGACGCCCAAGAACCACAUGAAGCAUCUGCUACCUGGGACCAAGAAUUGAACGAUCGCAUGGAAGAAAUCAUAGACCGAAAACGGAGCAGUGAAGAGGGCAGAGAACGUACUUUGAUGGCAUACAAUCAUUAUUUAAUGGUUAGAUAUUGUUACGACGAAAUCGAAAGUAAAAUCGGAGAGUUAUACCCAGCUUUGUGUAAAAGUAUCAAGCCCGAAACUGGAGAAAAAGAAGCUUGUCUAGCUUUAAGAGCCGUUGGUCUCACAGUUAUUACAUGCCCUUCCGAAGAUGUUUACGAAGAUAUAUUUCGAACUCUAAAACAGGCCUACCAAAGAUCAGAACAUAUUACCGUCAAAGCAGCAGCUAUUCGAACAAUCGCUGCAUUAGCAACCUAUGGUGGCGCAUCUGAAACCGAAAUCGAAGAUUUAUUGGACGAGUUUUUAGAAAUUGUCGAGUCAGAUGGUAAUUCAGUGGAUGCUCCUGAUAGUGCUGAGGUUGUCACAGCAGCAUGUGAAGAAUGGGGUAGUUUGGCUACAUUUGUGGAUGAUUUGGAGGAAAGAUCCGAAGCAGCAAUGGAAGCAUUUGUCGAUCAAUUAGAAAGUUCGUCGACAUCAGUUCGAAUUGCCGCUGGAGAAAAUAUCGCCAUAAUCUAUGAAAAGAGUUAUACACCACGAGAAUCAGAUGAUCCAGAUGCUAGCGAGAAUGAAAAAGUAGACGAAUAUGGUUUCCCUUUGGAUGUCAGUCAAGUAAAACGCUACGAACCAUAUCGUCAAAAGAAUCAACUCGAACAUACACUCUCAGAAUUAGCAAAAGCGUCAUCGAAAUCUAUAUCCAAAAAGGAUCGAAAAACAUUACAUGCCACGUUUGGAGAUGUUCUCGCUACAAUCAAAUACCCAGUUCGAGGACCAAAAUAUUCCAAUGUUAUCGAUGAGGAUGGUCAUUUAUUAGGAUCUAGAAUGUUUGUUCGCAUUCAUAAAACUGGGGUUAUGAAGAUUGAUAAAUGGUGGAAAUUACACAGACUACAAGCUUUAAGAAGAGUUCUAGGUGGUGGUUUUAUGACCCAUUAUCAAAAUAACGAGGUUGUUUUACAAAGUUUACCUGCAUUAGUCACUAGAAACUAA